AUGGCCAGCAGUAGCAGAAUAGACUCAAGCCUUCCAGCGCAGCCCAACCUGCGAUUAACUAUAAUUGCUGCCGACGGCUUGUACAAGCGUGAUGUUUUUAGAUUUCCGGACCCUUUUGCGGUUGCGACAUUGAGUGGCGAGCAGACGAAAACGACCGCUGUUAUCAAAAGGACUCUGAAUCCUUACUGGAACGAGAUCUUCGACCUGCGUGCGAACGAAGAUAGCAUAUUGGCAGUACAGAUAUUUGACCAGAAAAAGUUCAAAAAGAAGGACCAAGGGUUCUUAGGUGUAAUAAAUGUUCGUGUUGGAGAUGUCAUCGACUUUUCUUCUCCCCAAGAUCAAAUGCUCACCCGAGAUCUGAAAAAAUCGACGGAUAAUCUUGUGGUACACGGAAAACUUAUUAUAAGCCUUUCCACAAAUCUAGAUGCCCCUCCAAGAGGAGGUAGCCUCGCCCCGCCCACGAACGACCAUUCAACUUCAAGCAACCGACCUCCGAUCCAUACUCCAACUGGCUCUGUAUCUGGUUUCUCAAACGCUGCUUCUUCGCCUGCUUCUCAUACUCCUCAACCACAAGGAGUCGUUAUGGCAAACGGAGCUGUCUCAAAUGGACCAACCCCAGGGCAUGCACCCGCUGCAGGCAGCGGCGGAAGCAAUGCACCUCCGGCCAGUGCAGGAGCAGGACAUCGAAACGGUUUGAGCUCAUUCGAGGAUGCUCAGGGUAGAUUGCCCGCUGGAUGGGAAAGACGGGAAGAUAACUUGGGACGAACCUACUACGUCGACCACAACACAAGAUCUACAAGUUGGAAUCGACCAUCUGCAUCAGGGACAACCGAGACAAGGCAGGACGAGAGAAAUGCUAACACUCAAGUGGAGCGUCAACGACAUCAGAACCGAACUCUACCUGAAGAUCGCACCGGUGCCAAUUCACCAAAUUUGGCACAGCAACAAGCUGGCAGUAGUGCUAACACCGCUGCUGCGACUACAAUGAUGGCUACUGGAGCUACAACUGCAGGAACCGGGGAACUUCCACCACUCUGGGAACAGAGACAUACUCCCGAGGGCCGUCCUUAUUUCGUGGAUCACAACACCCGAACCACAACUUGGGUAGACCCUAGGCGUCAACAAUAUAUCCGCAUGUAUGGUGGUCAAAAUGCCAACAACACCAUUCAACAACAACCAGUUUCACAACUUGGUCCUCUGCCAAGUGGCUGGGAAAUGAGACUCACAAAUACUGCAAGAGUCUACUUUGUGGAUCACAACACCAAAACCACUACCUGGGAUGACCCGCGACUGCCCUCUUCGCUAGAUCAGAACGUACCGCAAUACAAACGUGAUUUCAGAAGAAAGCUUAUCUACUUCCGUUCACAGCCAGCCUUGCGCAUUCUCUCCGGUCAGUGCCAUGUCAAGAUCCGAAGAUCACAUAUCUUCGAGGAUUCUUACGCUGAAAUUAUGCGUCAAUCUGCCACUGAUUUAAAGAAACGUCUUAUGAUUAAAUUUGAUGGAGAAGAUGGUCUCGAUUAUGGUGGAUUAUCGAGAGAAUUCUUUUUCCUUCUUUCUCAUGAAAUGUUCAAUCCUUUCUAUUGUUUAUUCGAAUACUCUGCUCACGAUAACUAUACUCUUCAAAUCAACCCCCACUCCGGAAUUAACCCAGAACAUCUUAACUACUUCAAAUUUAUUGGUAGAGUGGUUGGUUUGGCCAUCUUCCAUCGCCGAUUCUUGGAUGCAUUUUUCAUUGGUGCCCUGUACAAAAUGAUGCUUAAUAAGGCAGUCUCCCUUCAAGAUAUGGAGGGAGUUGAUGCCGAUUUCCAUCGAAGUCUUCAAUGGAUGUUGGAUAAUCCAAUUGAAGGUGUUCUGGACCAGACAUUCUCAACAGAAGAUGAGAGAUUUGGUGUUACAAAUGUCGAAGACCUUAAACCGGGCGGAAGAGAUAUUGAAGUCACAGAUGAGAAUAAAAAAGAGUAUGUUGAUUUGAUGGUCAAAUGGAGGAUUCAAAAGCGAAUUGAUGAGCAAUUCCAAGCUUUCAUCACUGGUUUCCAUGAGCUUAUUCCAGCCGAGCUUGUUAAUGUAUUUGAUGAAAGAGAGCUUGAGUUGUUGAUUGGAGGUAUUGCGGAAAUUGAUGUUGACGAUUGGAAGAAGCACACAGACUAUAGAGGAUACACAGAAUCUGAUGAGGUCAUUAAAUUUUUCUGGCAAACGAUCCGCAGCUGGGAUGGAGAACAGAAAUCUCGCCUUCUUCAAUUUGCUACCGGUACUUCUCGUAUUCCUGUCAACGGAUUUAAAGAUCUUCAGGGUAGUGAUGGGCCGAGAAGAUUCACAAUUGAAAAGCAAGGAGAGCCGAACAAUUUACCAAAAUCUCACACCUGUUUCAACCGACUGGAUCUUCCACCAUACAAGAACCUUGAGCAGUUGCAAACCAAAUUGACGAUGGCGGUAGAAGAGACAAUGGGAUUUGGACAGGAGUGA